CUUUUAUUGUGAAAAUCAGCGAAGAAGAGGUACCGGAAGCAGUGUAACCGAGGCUAACAUGCUAACUCUUUCCGUUAGCAUAAGAUCCAGUCGGAGUGAACCAGCAGAGCCUGUAUGUUUGGAUAAACCUGUUGAAGCGGACUUUGUGUGAACUUUCGGGAUGUUUCACCGCAGACUCAUCUCCUGUUAGCCAAGAAUGCUAAAGGAAGUUAGCGCAGCUUGCUAGCAGGAAGUAGACGGAGACGGAGCUCGGCCUCACAGUGCUAGUCGGAGUAGCUUCGAUAGAGACCAAACUGUAUUUUUCACGGAGCCAAAGUGUCCAAAUGUCCAGACAGACCUGUCUGAAGAGACUCUGCGCUGUUCGCUUUAUUUGAAAAUGUUUAGCAUCUGAAUUAUCUCCCGGCGUCCUACGGAGCUAAUGGAGUUAGCUUAGCUUGCUAGCAGGAAGUAGACGGAGACGAACGUGAUGUAACUUAACAACACAGCGCGCAUCAGAGUGAGCAGACAGUUUUUAACGGAGUGAGUCUGGAGGAAAAGCUGCUGUGAAGCUGUAAAAAUGUCUAAAGUCCAAACGCUGAGAGCUUUUGUCAGCCAGAGACUAAGUGCGGCUGCUGAAGAGAUAUUUGAGCUGUUUGAAAGAACGAUAGCAGAGUACGAGGAGGAACUUUGUGGACAACGCAAACUACUGGACGCUGUUUUCCAGCCUGAAGUCCGGCUGCACAGAGCAGACGUCCAGCUGCUGUCGGUGAGUAAAGAAGAGGAUCCCCCUGAGCAGCAGGACUGGAGCCCCAGUCUGGACCAGGAGGACCCACCAGAGCCCCCACAUAUUAAAGAGGAACCAGAGGAGCUCUGGACCAGUCAGGAGGGAGGGCAGCUUCGAGGGCUGGAGGAGGCCGAUACCACCAAGUUCACAUUCACUCCUGUCCCUGUGAAGAGUGAAGAAGACGAUGAAGAGAAACCUCAGUCCUCACAACUUCAUCAAAGACUCACUGAACAGGUGAAAACAGAAGCUGAUGGAGAGAACUGUGGAGGACCAGAACCAGUCAGGAACUCAGAUCCAGAUAGACAUUUACAUCCAGCUACUCAGGACAAGACGUCCGACUCCUCUGAACCUGAGACUGAUGACAGUUGUGAUUGGGAGGAGACCAGGAAACCUCAGUCAGGUUUAAACCCUCUGCAAAUCAAUAAAGUACCUGUAAGUGAUCAGAAAUGUUAUACUGGAAAAACAUCAAGUAGCUCCUCUGAAUGUGCUACAAGCUUUGGCCACAAGGGACAUCUGCAGGAACAAGAUGGACUCCAAACAGGAGAGAAACCAUAUAGUUGCUCAGUUUGUAAAAAAACUUUUCAACGGAAAGGAGAUGUUGUGGUGCACAUGGUAGUCCACACAGGAGAGAAACCAUUUAGUUGUUCUGUCUGUGGUAAACGAUUCGCACGAAAGCCACAUCUGAGACAACACUUGAUAAUCCACACAGGGGAGAAACCCUUCAGUUGUUCUGUCUGUGGUACAAGAUUCGCACGAAAGCCACAUUUGACACGACACUUGAUAAUCCACACAGGGGAGAAACCCUUCAGUUGUUCUAUCUGUGGUAAAGGAUUCACAGAAAAGUCAACUUUGACGUUACACUUAAGAGUUCAUACAGGAGAAAAACCUUUCAGCUGCUCAGUUUGUAAAGCAAGUUUCAGUCGCAGAAGCCAUUUGUCCAGACACAUGGGAAUCCACACAGGGGAGAAACCAUUUAGUUGCAGCGUUUGUGAUAAAAGAUUCACACGGCUUGCUCACAAAAAAACCCACAAGUGUGCUGGUGAGAGCAGCGGCAGUAAAUGAAGCUGCAGAGAUGCUUGUUGAGCCAAUUCCUUCGUGCAGGAUUUGAAGUACUGAGGGCAAGACUUGGCUCAACACUGAUCAGUUCAAAACUGAUACAGACUCCAAAAUAAGUCGAGCUUCAUCUUUUCAGAUGUGAUUAAGCCACAUGAUCAUUUUAAUUCUGUUUUUAUUUGUGUCUACAGUAUUUGGUCGUUUUCUGGGAACUGUGCCUUUUGGUUUUACAUGUAUUCAUUGAUUUUAAAAUUGGCUAAAAGUAUUUUAUGUCAUCAAUACAGCAGCAUCAACAUGUGAAACUGAUUUAUAAAUAAAAUGACUUGACUUACCUCCCAAUAA